AUGGCGAUGCAAGUUCCCCAAGCCCGCCAGCCUUCAGCAUCGCGCCCGGUCUCUCGUGCCCCGUCGUCGAUGGCCGGCAAUGAGGAAAACUUCGACAUGAAUGUUAGUGGCGAUGAGGACGAUUUAGAAGACUUGCGACCGAUACCGCCUGUGCCUGGGGCAGGCGCGACCAUUGAGGACUACAAGAAGACACUCGCCCUAUAUCAAACCGAACACGAGGUGCUGCGACUCCAGCUGCGCGACGCGAAGAUCGAGAUUGCUAGCCUCAAAUCCCAGUUACGAGGCCAAGGAAAGCGCAUCCGAAAGUCCAAGACAACUGACGACCCUGUGCUCGAAGACAAGAUUGCCGUGGCAGCACGAGUAUACGCGCUAUUUGUCUCACCGUGGCUUCACGCCGAUGCCUUCAAGUUCAGCAGCUGUCCCGACAUCGACCCCCAGUCGCGUGCUCGGUACGACAAUGCUGACUCAAUGCAGAAGGCGAGAGCAGCAGAGCUCUUUGCCGCCAUCCCCUCUGAAUCUCAUCCGUGGAUUGGGCAUGCGUCUGCGACUGCUAUCGCGGGAUUCAAAGCCGCUAUGCAGCAAGUACGCUCGAACGCAAUCAACAAUGUAGUCAACUCUACGAACGCCAUCUUCGAUAUGCCCGAGGCGCGAUUCAUGCGCAAGGGGUCCUACGAUCGCAGCACGGAUGCUGAGCUACAACGCUUGAUCCGCACGCCAGGGAAAACUGAGGAAUAUGGCGAUUUUGUGCCCAUCUUGUUUCCAAAGGAAGACAAAAAAAUUAAGAUGCAUCAUAUAUUCCGCAGCCUGUACAUCACAAAAAUUGCGAAGGUUAUAUUGUUCGGAAAACAGUCUCUUGUACGCGACGGUGGUGCGUGCUCUGGUAAACCGGCGAUGGGGAAAGCGCUGGGCAUCACUAAGCCUACUGACGGUCUCAUCGCGUUCUCCGCUGUGCUGGCCCGCUAUCUGUGUUCGCCAGAUGUCGCUUUCACUGAAGUGGGCGAGCCUUCGAAAAUAAACUACCACGAAGCCUUCGAUCUGUACAAGAAGUUCCUCAUUUGCAUGGACCCGGAGGCCAAGGCGAAGGUCGUCACGUUCUACCUCGAACACGUGUUCGGGGUAGUCCAGCCAGUGCAGGCCAUUGCAUCAGCAGGCAACGUCCCGCGUGCGCUGGAGAUCGACUCUUUCUCACAAGCAUUACUAGCCAUCAAUGAGGAGAGCGUCGUCUACGGGUCCGACGGCGAAGAGCCUGAGCUCGACGUGUCGGAGCUGGGCAUCGACGACCUGGAGCCGAGCGCUGCUGGCCCAAGCAACGACGUUCUCUUACCCAGCAUCUCGUCUUCGCGCUCCGCGUCUCGACCGACUAACAGCGUACCACAGGCGGUGUCUCAGCAGCAGGCACCAUCUGCCACACCGAGCGAAGCAGCAGAGACGCCGACAGCUAUCGGCGUUCGCGCGGCUUCCUCCUCUACUACUGCUGUCCGCGCGCCUGCUCGUGGGACCACCCCCAUCCACACCGACGAUCCACUUGCCACCGCGCUCGGCAACAUGAUGAUAGCGAGACAGGUAACGUCGCAGUCGGACGAGGCGAUUGCCGGUGAGGCUGCGGCCGCAGCCACUCAGGCAGUGCCUGAACUGGCUCCUCCUGCAGAAAUAGCACAGAAAAGCCAGAGGCGCGCGCCGAAGAAGGCUGCAGCGAAAGGGAAGGAGAAGGAGAAGGAGAAGGAGAAGGAGAAGGAACUCCCACCCCCGGCUGCUCCUGCUGGUCGGCGUACGCGAUCGCGAGCGGUGGCACCGCCUUCAUAG